UUAACGUUUGUUGCAUGUUUGUUGUUUUCCUGCAUCACAUUCAUAAACCAAAAUGAUUAAAUUAUAUUUGAAAUGUAUACUCAAAACUUUGUUCUAAAUAACAAAAAUAUUGGCAAUAAAUCCUAUUUUUAAUAUUAGCGCAACAUGUCGGCUCUUUCGUUAGCUAAAAAUCAUUCAAAAAAAGUGAAUACUGGACGUGAACGAGAUAAAAACAAAUCUGGUGCCUCAGAAUCUGGCGGAUCUAGUCAGUGUGAUACACCACCACUCACUGAAAAGGAUGGGGGACCGUCACAAGGCAAAUUUGCAGGCAUUGGUGCAGACUCAGUACAAUGUAUGGCUGAACAAAUUGGUGCAGAACUCAAUUCAGAAGCAGCCACUAAUCUGGCUGAAGAUGUUAGUUAUAAAUUACGACAGACAAUAAAUGCAUUAGCGUUACACAGUGAAAUGAUGAAGAAAUCUCGGGUGGAUAGCUGGGAUGUUAACACAUUAUUGAUGCUAUCAGACACCAGUCCUGUAGUGGGAACAGCUUCUACGCAGUAUGCAUCUUUUGGUGAAGAGAAACUGUGCUGCGAAGUUGAAACUCUAGUAAACAUCACAGAGCUGGCAAUGAUACCUCAGAGCUAUGUUUUCUCGUCAAUACCCACAAUGUCCGUAGAAUGGAUCACAGAUGACAAAAGUCUCAACAGCAGCACAAGUAUAAGCAGUAGUUUACAGAAUUAUUAUACUAAAGUAGCUAGAGCAAUUUUAAAUCUCAAAAGGAAACCAAAAGAAGUAGCAGUGGAGGAUCUUACAACGAACACACGGAUAGGGCCUAUAUUUCCGAACUUAUUUAAUUUAGCUGUAUUAGUAUUAAAUGAUGAUAAUUUGAAUGCAUUGAAUGUGCCAGCCAAGAAACCGCUGCAAUCAAAUGUUUUGGAAAUGGUUGAUGCUCUGUGUUCCAAUCCUUGUAGUUUGGACACGAAUAUACAACAACAGUUUCAGAGGCUGUUUCCAGUAAUGGUAUCGAAUAUUUUGGGCAAUGGAUCUCUAUCAGAAAAAAUGGUGACAAUAUUGACGAAAAUAACGCGUACCUGGCCUUCAUUCAUCACAAUUGGGAAAGGCAUCCUCUUCGACUAUUUAUCUCAAGGCACAAGAGAUCGUUUAACAGCGCCAAUGAUUCGCUGCGUGUUGGCGUUGGGGCGUGGCGCUUUGAUUGAAUGUCUUGGGGACUAUUUGACGCACUUGGACGACUGUCUGCAAACCGGUGGCCGGAGAGCUAUGGACUUGAGGCAGACUUUGUUGGAUGUAUCAACGUGCCUGUUAAGAUCUGAACCUACAACGUAUUUGGAAGAUUUCGUAAUGACUGACUACACACUGUACGAAAUACUCGGCGAUUCAAUAAUGCCGAGGCGGACUAUAUUUCCUUAUCAAGAAACUGCAACAAACGAGGAUGCGUAUCAAGAAAAAAUAAAUGACGACGAUUUUUACCCACCGGUUAGACCAAUGCUCAGACGACCACGAGUCAGAAUCAUAUCAAUAAACCCGAAAAGAAAAUCACACAUACUUCAAGAUUUCUUCGAAACGUCACAUCUGAGGAAACGAAAUAUAUACAUAAAAAUAAAAAAUUGCCGGUCUCUAGAUGUGAGCAAAGAAAAUAGGACUCUAUACAGUGGUCAUAUGUCACAAGUUCGUAGUGUAACCGUCGCGAGUGGAGUGCUUAAUAGGUUUAGGUUUAGAUUAAAGAAGGAAGACGCAUUUCCAAUAUUUGGAGCUUUAACGUUAUAAAUUGUAAAUAUAAAUUAUUAUUCUUUC